AUGCCACACCACGACAAAAAAGAAUCACUGCCAAACUUUGAGGAACUAUUCCCAAAUUUAUUUGGACGGAGUAAUGAAAACUGUGAAGAGGAAUCCUCGAAGGAAGUGGCUGACCUUGAAGAACACAGUGAUAAGAAGAAGUCAGGCCAACUUUGGAAAUUUGAGCUUGCUGACCCGAGAACCGUCCCAGAAUACUAUUGCCGACUUCCGCCUCGAAAGAUAAUUAGGAACGGAGUAGUCUUCUACGAGGGCCUAAAUCCUACAAAGGUUUGCCGACCCACAAGAAAGCCCGUUAGAGAAGAGGAGGGGAAGAGAAAGGCUGCCGAAGAAUAG